UGCUCUCCAUCACGCACACUCACUCUCAGUGGUGACGACAUGACUGCCUGCAUCAGCCUGUGAGCAGUGCCACUUGCAACAGUCAGCCUGUGUGCACGUACAUCUGUCUGCGCGUGCGUGCAUUCGUGUGUUUAUAGCACAAGCUGCAGGCUGUUUGAAGUGCUUUCUUCAGGCAUACAUGGACCUAUGGAGGGCUGACAGUCACCUUCAGCAGCUCUAUACAGAGGUAGGGAGUAUGGAGUAUGUAUGUCUGAAGCAGGGGGUGGGACUGUCGGUUGUGCUCUUGCACACACUUACCUGGAGCUGGACAGGAGCAUUUGAGCCCACUCCCAAGAUUGAUGGACAGCAAAACUCUGAGAUCACUCUUCUAGAAAAUGUCACACACCACUUCAGCUGCCAAUCAGAGGGCUGGAAUUCACAAGCCCCGCCAUUGCUGACUUGGUACCUGAAUGGUGAGAGGCAGAGCGAGGUAACAGGCAGCCAGGGAGUAAGGCAACUCGUGAUGAAAUCGCCAGAAGAUUCUAGAACAGUGAGAUUCACCUCAGAGCGAAACAGCACGUUUACACUCAGACCCAGGAAGUGGGACCGUGAGCUGGUGUGUGCUGCCACAAACCCAGGUGGCAGAGAGAGCUACAAUGCUACGGUCAUCCUCAACGUUCAGUUUCAGCCAGAGUUUCUGCGAGUGAAUGCCCACUAUAGUGAAACUUCUGACCCUGGGCUCUCCUUGGUCCUCUUUGCUUUGGUUCGCUCCAAUCCCCCUGCCACCAUCACGUGGGUGGAUCAGUCUGGCCAGCUGGUUGCCAACACUUCUGACUUUCUCAUUCUGGACUCGCGGAGUUACCCCUGGCUGGCCAAUCACAGUCUACAAGUUACCCUAAGCAGCCUAUCCGGAAAUGUUUCGGUUAGCGCCAGCAACAAUCUUGGCUCCACCCAGACCAACCUAACUCUUACAGAAUUCUUACAGUCACGGGUGGAAGUUCCGAUGCUGGGAAUAGUUACUGGUGGUGUAGCAGGCUUCGUAACCCUACUCAUCCUAACUCUGAUGGUACUCUGCCUUCUGUACAAGGACAAAAGCAAGGUCAUUGAGGAGCCUGUAGCAAUUUCUCUAACCCCAAAGCGUAAUGGAUCAGAGAAAGUGCAGGCGAAUGGUGUGUAUCUUCCCCGAGAGAACAUGUCCCUGCCUUCCAACAUGCAGCUCAAUGACCACAGCACUCUCUGCAAAGGGCGGCCGAACACCAAGCAGAACACCUUAGCACGGAAGACUACAGAGGAUGAAGAGGAUGAAGAGGACCUGUCCUUGGCAUACGCAGCCAGAGGAUUUGCCAGGUACCCCAUGGUUGGUUACAUCUACAAAGUGAACAGCACAAGCAGUGAUGAAAUCUGGCUUUAGCACACACACACCCCUAUGCAUGUCCCUGAAGUCCUGAUGAUAAUGUAAGGGAGUGAACUUGUUUGGUCCCUACCAGGACAAAUACAUUUCAGAAAUAUACACAAAGUCUUUUAAUUCCUGGUUGAAUCUAUCUAAUCAUUCCUGAAGUUACCCUGAACAUUCUAGAUAACCUCCACAAUGUAUGGCCUAACUUGGGGACUUAACUUUCACCAUUUUAGUAAAAUGAGCCUCUUUUCCACUGUAGGGUUGAAUGGUUCUGAGUAUGUAGAGUAACUGCUCCAGUUGCAUUUUCACAUAAACACGAUUUGGUAAGAAACACUUACAAACCGUGCUCAUCAAGGGUUUCUUAGCACAGUUAGUAAACUGUGCUCAGACCUGCAGAACUGUUUGGGUGGAGUGACUUAAUUAUGUAGGGAUUCUACAUGUUUCUACACAAAUGUAGGUAAAUCUCUUCUUGUGGCCUUCUUUCUCAUUACCCAUGUUCAGCAUUUUAAUGUUUUGCACAUGCAAAAAGGAAACACUAAAAACAGUCCAAACAACUACAAAUUUUCCACCAGAUUUAUUUAGUGAUUAUAGUUAUGAUAUGAACUCUUCACUGCCAGAAAUACUUCCUGGGCCCUAUUUCCAGCACAAAACCCAUGAAAAAAGAAAAUGUAACCAGUGUCAAGAGUCGAUAACGCCAUGGAAUAGCCUGAUGCACCUUUUAGUAACUGUUUUGCCCUGUGAUGGAAAAGAGGCUAUGGUUUCUGAAAGCAAAAGUAGUCACUGUACUAUUAUAAAUAAAAGAACUGUCUUGAUUAUAUACCACUGUUAGAGUACUUUACAUGUAUUCAAAUGAUUGCUAAAUUAUUGAUAUUAAAUACUGUAUAUAAAAUAUGCAAGUUAAAUGAAAUGGCAGACCCCAUUAUUAAUUAGGAUCUUUAGGAGAGUGCCAUAGAACUACUUUUGUGUAAAUAUUGCUGCUGCCCAAACACUUCACCCCCAAACUUCUGUGCUGCAUUGUGGCAUGCUACAUGUUCUUUAUGUAUUCUAAUGAAAUGUUCAAAAAUGUAUGUAAUAAUGUGAUAAAAUUCUAUUUGUAUAUAAAAAAAAAAACCUACAGCACAGAGGUUUAUAGCCAAACCAUAUGUAAUUAUAUAUCGACAUGUAUAUUUAUAUGCAUACUGACAUAAAGAAGGUACUGUAUGUAUUUAGCUGAAGAGACUUUGUCCUUUCCAUCCAGCAGGAGGUGCUAAAUGCAAACCCUUCCUAGCUGUCUCCUUCCUCAUACCCAUGUUGUCUUUUGGCUAGAGAAGUCUGCAUAUUGUAUUCUUUAAUAUAUAUGCAUUUUAUGUUUAUUGAAAAAAGCUCUCAAUUCAUUCUGUAGGAGUGACAUGGAAUGUUGCACCUCAAAUAUGCAGAGAGGUGCUUUUCAGGAAAUUGGUUCUGAACAUAGAGCCAAUUCCUUAGAUGCUGAUUUUUGAGGAAUGUAUGUAUGUAUUCUUUUAUGAGAAUGUUGGUGGGGGUUUAAGUGUAUGGUGGGAAAGAGAGUCAGUAAUUGUGUUUGAGGUUGAGAAACAGGUGUUGAAUGUUGGUUGGGUCUUCCUGUGGUGUACAGUUGUGCAGGAAGUUGUUAGUGGGAUCAUCAUUUUGUUGCUGAAAUAAACAAGCUGACAUUACACAAAAUGAUAAAAAGAAAACAGCAAUAUUUACACACACAUACAGGCUUUAUAUUUACUAUAUAGUAUUCUAGAAUUGAAUAAUUAUUUAUUUGGAAUAUGAACUGACAAUUUCUGUGGAAAAGCUGGGUUGAAAAAUAUUGAUCAGUGGGCCAUGUCAACUGAGAAUUGGAUAGAAUAAAGAUUCUAACUGUAUCACAGAAAUAUCCAUGGCCAAGUGGAUUGCAAGGUGUGUAUCACUCAGUUAUAGUUUCCCAUGUUUGACUGAAAUUUCAUUGAAGGUUUAUCAAAUUUCUGGAUAUUUCCUAUAAAUACUGAGAUUAAGGACUCCGCCCAAGCUUGUAAAAACUAGUUUGUGUAUUGACCAGCCUUAUUUAUUUAGAAGGUUUUAAAUUACCUAGACCCUUAGUGUUUAUUUAAGAGGUGCCGUGAAUCUUGCACAUACUUCCUCCAAGUGACGGAAAGAGAGAGAGAGAGAGACUGACUGACUGACACUCUGAAUCCUAACAAAGAAGCAGGGAGAAAGUAUUCAGGGUAAGGAGAUAUUCUGUGAAUUUAGGUGUUAAUCAAAAAGGUGGAAAGAUGAAGUGGGUUACUUUGCUCCUUCUUACUGGCUUGUUGGUAAAACAAACAUAUACUAACGAGCAAGGAACUGAAAUUACUGGCCAGAAAACUGUAAAUGGGGCCAAACUGUUUUGUACUAGUGGAAAAUGGACAAGACAUUCUCAAUCUCACUUGGAUCUGGUUAACAAGGAUGAGAAGUCUGGGGAGUACACCUGCGACACAACCAAAAAGAAUGUCACCGUUUUUGUAAAAUUCAGAACCUGUGAGGACUGUAUUGAAUUGGACCUAGCAUCGAUUGUUUUCAUCAUAAUAGGCAACAUAAUGGCGACUACUCUCAUUGGUAUGGCAGUAUACAGCCUGUCUGCACAACCCAGAACCAAAAGCUUCUCUGGAAACAAAGCUUCUGAUAAGAAGACUCUACUCUAUAAUGGAGAAGGCGAUACUUAUCAGCAAUUGACUGCAGGCCAGACCUCUGAAUACAGUGCAUUGGGAGGUCGGAAGAAAUGAUUAUCAUCCUUACUUUUAUUUGAUGAUAUCUUUAACAUCUGCCAGCCAUGGUAACUUUGUGUGCCCAACCAAAAAUACAUUAUUGUUUUAAUAGAAAUUUUGUAUAAAUUAUUUCUUUUUAUCUUCAACGGCUCAGUGCUGAUUAUCAUUCUUAAUGCUUGUUAAUAUAUUAGUUGUCUUUUUAUAAUUUUUCUAUUUGCCCUAAGAUGCUAUCAUUGUAUAAAUUUAAAAAGGUUUCUUUACAGAUGUAACAGCUCUCGAUUACAUACCUGCAUAUUAUUGCAGCCUCAUUCUGUACAUUCAACAUUUUUGAUAAUUUGUCAAAAACCCAAAUUAAUGAUCUCAAUAUAUGACAGUGAUCAUGUAAUAAAGCCCAGAUAUAUAAAUGUUCCACUGAGUGAAACAUUUCAUGCUGAAAAUGAAAACAAUUUUAAAAACAUUUGUGCUGUACCUUUACAAAUAUGUCUCAACAUUUCAUAAAAUUUGCAAUCAUUGAUUCUGCCUUUAAAAAAAAAAGCAGCAAAUUGUGUAGGAAUCCACAGUCUAAAGGGAACCCAGAACAAUGACUGGCAAAUUUAGAUUUUCUGAUAUUCUUUUAAACCACUGUCUUUACUAAGUCCCAGUGAUGGGUCAAAGAAAUUCUUUAUGCUGAUAGAAUGAGAUUAAGAAAGUAAUUCUAAACUCUUUGAAAAUGUGCUUUCUUCCUAAAAUAUGGCAUCCUCCUAUAAGCAUUAAGACAGUCUUACUUUAAAAUGUUUUCAAACAUUUCAUUGAAAGCAGUGCAAAUUAUAAGUCUAUUCUAAUUGGAGUUACCUAGAGUGAACAGAGUCAGUGGAUGUCCUCACUAAAGUUCUGUAACUAGCUAUGCUUGGUAAAACUUAUUGUGCUUUUCAUUUAAAGUUUCCGUGAUUUUAUCGUUUCCACACAAGAAGACACAUUAGUAGGUCCUCUUGGCAACAGCACUUGACAUUUGGCAAUUGCUUUCUGCUUUUUUGUGCACUGAUUAAUCAGUUCAUCAGAAAAAUAUGAACAUGAAUAAAUAUCACGAUUCAAACUA